CUGCUUGAAAUGCACACGAAAGUGACAGGGCGAAUUAUAGAAAAAGCUCUCCUAUCCGGUGUUCAGACGUCAAACAAAAGAAAGAGGGUAGUACUGAGUAUCAAGGAGAAGAUAGAAAUAUGUGAUCGUCUGGAGAAGGGGGACAGCCGCACCACUAUUAUGAAGGAAUAUAAUAUUGGAUCUUCUACUAUCUAUGAUAUCAAGAGUAAGGCCCAGAAGCUGAGAGAUUUUAUGAAAAAGUCUGAAAGUACUCUUGCUAUAGAGUCACGACAUACACUUCAACAGGCUCGCCUAAAACAUUUAGAUAAAGUCCUGUAUGAGUGGUUUUGCAAACAGCGUUUGGAGGGCGCCCGCAUCACUGGGCCUCUGCUGCAGGAGAAAGCCAAAGAGUUCACUGAGAAGAUGAAUUUAAAAAGCGACUGCAAGUUUUCUGAUGGCUGGCUGGCGCGAUUCAAAAUUCGUCACGGCAUACGACGGUUCGAUUUGUCAGAUCAUCAAAAAUCUGCCAAUCGACCGUCAGCUGAAGAGUUUAAAGAGAAAUUCGCUGAGCUUGUUGAUGAACUGGUGUUAACCCCAGAGCAGAUUUACAAUGCCAGUGAAACUGGGCUGCUGUAUCGAUGUUUACCUGCAAGUACCUUAGCAUGUAAAGGCAAAGUGGCAAAGCUGAAUAAGGAUCGCCUUACUGUUUUAAUGUGUGCAAAUAUGGCUGGUACGCAUAAGCUUAAGUUAUGUGUUAUAGGAAAAAAUCAGACUCCACCUUGUUUCAAGAACCUUUCAUUUAUACCUGUUGACUAUCGUGCACAGUCAAAUGCCUUGCUGAGCAGUGAAAUCUUUUUGGAUUGGUUCCGGCAUGCAUUUGUGCCUGCUGUUAAAGAAAAUUUACUCAUUAAGGGCCUGCCUGAACAUAGUAAAGUUGUCCUUCUGUUGGAUAAUUACAAAUCUAACCCUCCCGCACAAGAACUUGUUGUGGAUAAUGUAUACGUGCUGUUUGUACCCCGUAAUGUGACGGGUCUUAUCCAACCAAUGGGUGAAGGUUUUAUUCAGAAUUUCAAAAUGCAUUAUCGUCGUAACUUAAUGCGCAAACUCUUGGUGUAUGAGGGCUCAAUUGCAGACUUUCAGGAGAACUUUAAUGUGAAGGAUGCAGCAUUCAUGGCAUCUCUGGCAUGGGAUGAUGUUCAGCAAGAGACACUACAGCGAUGUUGGCAUAACCUAUAUCGUGUAGCUGUGUUUCUCCCUAAAAUGGAAGAGAAUAAGUUUGAUGGCAUUGAGACACUUAAUGGAUGCUCACUCUCCAAAGAAAUAAUUGACCUGGUUGUUGGAUCAGGGAAAGAAAUUAAAGUGAGGAAGAAAGUAAUUGAUGAAUGGCUACAAGUCGACAAAGAUGUUCCUGUUACACUGACAAUUAAUGAUGAAGAUAUUAUUGAAUUUGUGUUACAAAAUCAAGACGUCAAGGAGGAUUUGGAGAGUGAUGGGGAGGAAGAACCAAAACGUAAGAUUUCCUGGUCAGAAGCAGCUAAAGGCUUGAGCACAUUCAUUUCCUUUGCAGAGCAGUCAACCUGUAUGACUGCUGAUCAAGUUAUGAGCCUUCACAUAAUCGCAAAUGAGUUCCUGAAUCAAAGAUGCAAAGCACGGAAAUGUGUGACGGCCAGUUCGCCUCCUGAUCAUUCAAAAUCUCACUUAUUCUAAAUUAGGUGAGUUAUAUAUGAGAUGCCAAUCCUGAAAGGGGUUUGGGCCAGGCAUUAUGUAUUUGUUUUCAAGCUGGUUAUCCUGCAGAGAAACAUUGCUUGUCUUGUUUUUAAAAUGGUGGACUAUGUUCAUAAAUUAGCUGUAAUAAUAUACUUGAAACCCCAGAGAUGUGA